AGCUAAAUCUGGACUGCUUGGUUUGGGCCUAAUUGUGAGUCAGCUUGUACCUGGUUUUAUCUUUGUCUUAACCUGGCUGUGAGUCAGUUUUGAAUUUUAGUUUAGUUUCGGAGCAGCCAUGGCUGUGAUUUGGUUUAGAUGGGGUUGUGGUUCAGUUUGGACCUGGUUGUGGUUCAGUUUGGACCUGGUUGUGAUUUGGGUUUGGCUGUGGUUUUGGCUUAGUUAGGACCUGGUUGUGAUUUGGUUUACACAUGGUUGUGGUUUAGUUUGGACCUGGUUGUGAUUUGGUUAGGAUGUGGUUGUUUAGUUGGGACCUGGUUGUGAUUUGACUAUGGUGUGUCUGUGGAUCUGUGUGUCUCACAUGGCUCAGUCAUGCCUUGCUUGAUACUCUGUGCUGAUUGGUUGGCCAACAGAACUCUGCAUUUCCAUUUUUGUGUUCCAACCAAUGAGCUGCAACCAGAAGAGGGACAAAGUCCCCGAGGGCUUCCAUAGUCCUCCCUCUCUCUCCUCUCUCACUCUCCCUCUCUCUCCUCUCUCACUCUCCCUCUCUCCUGACUGUUCACGGAUAACUCCCGUCUCAGGUAACACCUGGACAGGUAACUCUACUCUCACAGGAGCUGACCCACAAGCUCGCUACACCUGGGCGCUGACACCCCCUGCAGCGGCUCCCCAGCCCCGCCAUUUCCGCUGUAGCGUUGCCUAGUGACCAGGCACUAGAUGAUGAGUGCCCUGGGGGCAGCUGGCGAGGAGGAGAUGCCCCCGCCGGACCUGUGCCACACCUGCGGGCACAGGCACCUGGUGGAGGAGAACCAUGAGUACCUGUACCAGGAGGAGGUGGACGACGACCUGAUGUGCCACAUCUGCCUGCAGCCGCUGAUCCAGCCCAUCGACACGCCCUGCGGCCACACCUACUGCACCGAGUGCCUGACCAGCUUCCUGCUGGAGAAGGACUUCUGCCCUGUGGACCGCGCCCCCCUGCAGCUGCAGACCUGCAAGAAGUCCAGCAUCCUGGUGCACAAGCUGCUGGACAAGCUGGAGAUCAGCUGCCCCUUCAGCGAGUACUGCACCGAGACCCUGCCCCGCGCAGAGCUGGAGGCACACAUCAAGAGCAGGUGUAAAGGUGCGUCGCACUAUGGGCUGUCGGCGGAGAGGAAGCGGCGGUCUCAGGAGGGGGCGUGUACAGACAGCACGUCGGAGCUCACCAUCAGCACCCUGCCCUCCGAAACCCCCGCCGCCACCAUCGCCCUGCUGUCCGACGACCCCGGCCUCGUCAACCCCGCCUUCGACCCCAGCGCCGAGGACAACAGCCAAUCAGGAAGCAACACCAGCCUAGCUGCCCGCAGCACUACCAAGAAGAGGGACUUCAGGAACUUUGACCGUGCCACAGCCAGGGGCCGGUCUUUCCGUCGGAUCAACCGGGCGCUGAGCGCGCUGCGCAGGACCAAGAGCGGGACGUCUGUGCCCAACCAGAGCACCGAGGAGAGGGACAACGCCCGCAACGCCACCGUUCCCCCGGAGGUGCUCCCUCUUCCUCAGCUGCAUCACCUGAUCCCAGAUGGAGAGAUCACCAGUAUAAAGAUAAACCGCUCCAGCGUGACCGAACCCCUGGCCAUCAGCGUCGUCGGGGGCAACGAGACUCCACUGGUCCGCAUCCUCAUCCAGGACAUCUACAGAGAGGGAGUCAUCGCACGAGACGGACGUCUGCUGCCUGGAGACAUGAUCCUGAAGGUGAACGGCAUUGACAUCAGUAACGUGCCGCACCGCUACGCCGUGGCGACUCUGAAGCGGGCCUGCCAGCUGUGCGCUGACCGUGCCUCCGGAGCAGACACCGCCCCCGAGCACGCCGCGCUGCUCAUACAGGCGAGUGAAGAGCGGGUGCACUUUAUUGUGUCGCGGCAAACACACCUGCACAAUCCAGACUUCCUGCAGGAGGCGCCCUGGAGCAUGGAAGGACCUCCGCCCUACUCACCUGAGGACCCGGAGACCACCCUGCUGGACGCGUGUGUGAAGCCUGCCUGCUAUGAGAAGACGGUGACUCUGCUGAAGGAGCAGCAGGACUCCCUGGGCAUGACGGUGGCUGGCGGGAUGGCCAGCCGCGGCUGGGACCUGCCCAUAUACGUCACCAACGUGGACCCCGAGGGGGUGGUGGGGCAGGAGGGCUCCAUACGCAAAGGGGACAUCCUGCUGAGUGUGAAUGGGUUGGAGCUGACAGGUGUGACUCGGGGGGAGGCGGUAGCCAAUCUGAAGAACACCUCCUCCCCCGUGGUACUGCACGUCCUGGAGAUGCCCCCACCUGAGGACUACCCUGACCCCGACCCUGCCUCCAACCCCGCCUCCCCUCCCACCCUAAGUCCCGCCCCCACCGACGCCAGCUACAGCCCGCUGCCCUGCGAUGACUACUCCCCUCUCUGGGUGUCAUGGUUACAGCUGCCCAGGCACCUGUACUGCUGCAAAGACAUUGUGCUGCGGAGAAGCACGUCUGGUAGCCUGGGCUUCAGCAUCGUCGGGGGUUACGAGGAGCUCCACUGCAACCAGUCCUUCUUCAUCCGCUCCAUCGUGGAGGGAACGCCAGCCUACAACGACGGCAGGAUACGGUGUGGGGACAUUCUGCUGGAGGUGAAUGGAAAGAGCACUUGGGGGAUGACUCACACCAUGCUGGUGCGUCUGCUGAAGGAGCUGAGGGGGCGGAUCACCUUGACCAUCGUGUCCUGGCCAGGCAGCCUGCUAUAGGCCAAGAGAUUCACGUCCUGGCCAGGCAGCCUGCUAUAGGCCGAGACCAUCACAUCCUGGCCAGGCAGCCUGCUAUUGGCUGGGACCCAUCACAUCCUGACCAGGCAGCCUGCUAUUGGCUGGAACCGGGCCAGGGGUGGGGCUAUCACUCACACAUGGACAACUGACACUUUGCCUGGAGUUCACAGACCACCAACCCCUCCCCCUCCCCAAGGCUUGGCUGUUUUGUGGUGAUGAUGUUCUGAAUGGAUAUUGUUUUGGUUAGCCCCGCCCCUCUUGAGUUUCCUGGGAGACUGGCGCUGGGAGGAGCUCAGAAGACACACGUUGCCAAUGAUGUUCGUUCUGUGUUAGUGAGUUUACUGGCCUGUCUGCUGUAAAUGUUGGUGUCUGAAAAUCAGAUUCAAGCACUUGUGUUUCUGUCUUUCUUCUGCUGUUGGAAGGGCCUUUGGACAUAAUAUAUAUGUUAUAUUUUUAUGCUUUAUGUAAUGUUAUUUUUACGCGGUAUGUAUAUUGAUUUUUUUGUUUGCUCUGAGUGAUUUUUCUCCCUGUUAUGUUGAACACAGAUCUGUGUCCAUGUUUCUGAUGCCACGGCGCAGUAUUCCAAUCACUUUGCAAGCAAAAAAAAAAUGUUUAAAAAAAAUCUAAAUAAACAGAAAAUAAAAUUUAAAAAAAUAAAUAGAAGAAUAAAGUUGUGUAGACGUGGAGGCCUUACGGACAUUUGGAGCAGCGGGGAAAUCUGACUUCCUGUGUUUGAGGCCAGGAUCUGUCCACUACGGUGGACCUGUACGGGCUUGUGUGGGUCUGUGUGACAGUACUUUUGGGAAAAUGCUCAAUAAAGCUGUACAUAUGG